AUGGCAGACGUAGCGACGACCACGGGCGCAGAUGGCCCCGAAGGAGAAACGCCAACACAGCGACAGGCGCGUCUGCGCCGCGAAAAGCGGCAGAAGAAGAUGGCCGAGCAGGGAGAAGACCGGCUCAAUAAGAUCAAGGCGCUGAAUGGAGGUGUUGCGCCCCCGGACGAGGUACUUGGUGGACGUACGUUCUUUGUCAUGGAACAAGCAAGACUGGUGAAGAGUGUUCUAACGGAUGCAUAGCUGGCACACAGGGACCCCAGGCCGCAUCGGUGGCAGACGAUCCAGAUGAAGUCGAUAUCAGCCAGUACAGCAACUUCUCCACGAAUGCCAGUGACAGGUCGGCGCAAGCGCAAGGAGAUCCACUCGCGGCUGCAAUGAUGCAGAUGGAGCAAGAGCAGCGACAAGCUGGCGGUCAGGGACAGCGAGAGGGACAGGAAGACCCCAUGGUGAAGAUGAUGCAGCAAAUGAUGGGGGCCAUGGGCGGCGAUCCAAACGAUCCGAAUGCGAAAGCUCCGGACGUACCACCUUGGAUGGCCUCUAUGCUCAGCGGCGGAGGUCAGAAGUCGGAACAGCCGCGAGCUCCUACGACAGGAGCGGCCUAUCUUUGGCGCAUCGUACAUGCCAUCUUCGCUUUUGGCCUGGCUUUCUACAUCUGUUUGACAUCGACGUUCAAUGGCAGCAAGCUGGCGCGCAGUCAGAGCGUGUACACGGAAGAGGCAGGCUAUGGACUAGGACCCAGACUGUUCCUCAUAUUCACAUCGGCCGAGCUUCUAUUGCAGAGCACGCGGUACUUCAUGGAGAAAGGACAGCUUCAGGGCGCGGGCAUGUUCGCAAUGGUCGCAAACAGCGGCUUCGUGCCGGAGCCAUACGCAAACUACAUUCGCGUCGGAGGCAGGUACAUCGCCAUAGCGCAGACGAUCUUCACGGAUGUGAUGGUCAUCGUGUUCGUGCUGGGGUGCAUGGCGUGGUGGAACGGAGUAGCCACGAUGGCCUAG